UACUUUUCUUUACAGUGACGUGACUCCUAGCAUGACGGCUAUCAGUGUAGAAAAAACACGUAAAUGAACACACGUCUUUAUUUUCGAUCGCCUCUCGAGUAUUUAAUUGAAAUUGAUGCGGCGAAGUUAUUUUUAAAUCUGACGUGGACACCCUUCUCCACUUCCCCUGCCCCCAACAACAGCUGAGGACUGAAGGCGUGAAUCUGGAAUGCCCGAGGGGAUGGAUCCUCUGGGUGCUCGCUCCCAGUUUGUGGACAUCCAAACCCUCCCCACGUGGCAGCAGCUGGAAGAGGAUGGCGAGCACAUUCCGCAGGAUCUGAGUGACAGCCUGCUCAGCCAGCAGUCCUUUCCAUCGCCCUUCCCCUUCAGACCCGACAUCAACUGCAAAAUCAUCCUCUUCACCGGUGACGUAGCACUGUUGAACUGCACCGCUAUCACCAACACCAGCAAUGAAGUGCUCAACGACAAGAACCCUGUAUCAGAGCGCAUCCAUCAGCUGGCGGGCCCCGAGCUGAAAGACGAGCUGCUCAAACUUAAAGGAUGUCGCACGGGAGAAGCGAAGCUUACAAAAGGAUUCAACCUGGCAGCGAGGUUCAUCAUCCACACAGUGGGACCAAAGUACAAAGCCAAGUACAGAACAGCAGCAGAGAGCUCACUGUACAGCUGCUACAGGAACAUCUUGCAGCUGGCCACGGAACAGUCGAUGGCAUCUGUUGGAAUCAGCGUAGUGAGCACAGCCAAACGAGGAUACCCACUGGAGGACGCCGCACACAUCGCAUUCAGAACAGUCCGCAGGUUCCUGGAAAAGCAUGGAAGCAGCAUCGAGGCAGUGGUGUUUGCUGUGUCAGACACUGAGGAGGCGGUGUAUAGGAAAUUGCUGCCGCUCUACUUUCCUCGCUCCGAGGAGGAGGAGAGGGUGUGCCUGCCUCUCGUGCCGGCCGAUAUCGGCAACUCGGAGGGCGAGCCUGUCGUCCCCGAGAGGCAAAUCCGCAUCUCUGAAAAACCGGGAAGCUUGGAGGAUGAUUCGGAGGAAGACAAUCUGGAGUCAGAUCUAGGUCAAGUGGGCCAUCACGCCUUUGCUCGAAUGGAGGGUGACGUGGACAAGCAACGCAAGCUGAUUCUACAGGGUCACAUGUCAGAGGCAGCCGUGCAAAAGCAGCACCAAAGGAACUACAACCGCUGGUUGUGCCAAGCCAGAGCAGAGGACCUCUCCGACAUCGCUGCCCUGAAAGCAUUAUAUCAGACAGGUGUGGACAUGUGUGGCAGGACCGUGAUGGUUGUGGUGGGAAGAAACAUUCCAGUGACCCUUAUUGACCUUGAGAAGGCCUUGCUGUAUUUCAUUCAUGUGAUGGACCACAUUGCUGUUAAGGAGUAUGUGAUGGUUUACUUCCACACGCUGACGGGAGAACACAACCACUUGAACACGGAAUUCCUCAAAAACCUCCAUGACAUCGUUGACGUCAAGUUUAAGAAGAAUUUAAAGGCCUUCUACUUUGUACAUCCGACAUUUCGCUCAAAGGUGUCAACUUGGUUCUUCACCACCUUCAGCGUGUCCGGCAUGAAGGACAAAGUGCGUUACCUUGACAACCUGCAGCAGCUCUUCACCUGCAUCAGGCCGGAGCAGAUUGACAUCCCGCCGUUUGUGCUGGACUACGAUGCACGGUUGAACGGACGUUCCCAGUCGUCUGGCCCAUGAGAGCCGACCCAUUACACUCUGUCAGGUCGGAAACCAUUUAUAAACAUUUUGUGGUCGACAGCGGACUCUUUCCAUACCCGGAAUGUCCAACGACUCAAAGUUACGUGACGCGGUGAUGGUCAUUAUGCAGGUAGAAGACGUCUGACGCUAAAUGACACGGAGAAAAUGUCAUACCAGGUUUAAGUUGGAAUCGAUCUACCACAAGGUAGCACUGAAUGUUUUUAUUUUAAAAUCAAAAGCUUUACUUUCCUGCCAUUCAAAGUACUUCUGUUGCAAUCAGUACUGUUCACACUUUAUUUUCGAGCACAUUAUCAUUUCAAAAUCAAUCAUGAAAAAAAAAAUCGCAAAUCCUCACCAAACUUCCACUUUAAUCGGACAUUUUCUUUUUGCCAGGGGACCUCAAAUUAAGACUUAAUGAUCUUUUCCAUCAACAAUUGUAAGGUUAAUUCAGGGAAUUAGUCAAAUUUAAACAUCAUUUAAUGCCAAUUGAAGUUUGAGUAGUCUUCUGCCAAAUGAGAAAUGGAAAGUUAGCUAACUCGUAGCGAGCAAACUGUAAUCUAAAGUCGCAUUUCAAAAUGCUUUUACUACUUCCAGCUUCAGCGUUAUUUUGCCAGACGAGUCGGGCCAUGUGGCGCCUUUUGCGUCAAGGCAUCGGCACAUGUUCUUUGUUUAGAAGAUACAAGGCAAAAUUCUUGUCAGAGCUAAUAGAUUGGCUUCGAGCCGCUCCCAAGCUGCCUAAUUAAGAUCUGGAUGGCUUCCGGUCCAUUCUUUCCAUUCUGUCAACAUGGCGUCGCUUUGCUUUACACAAUUGUCUUUGGUUUUCCAAUGGCAAUGACACUUGUAUUUGUUCACUUUAUUUUGUGGUUUGCACAAGCAGAUUUUUUUCCCGAAUUGCCAUUGAAGGGGGGGCGGGGUGAUAUCAAAACUAUAGGAGUCAUUUAAAACAUUCCUCUGAUUGAUUUGCAGUCUGUCUAGUGGUCACAUGACCUUCCAGCUCGACACAUAAGACUGAACUCAAAGGUUGUGUUGUUUGUCUGGACGUUUCCAAAACAAAAGUUUUUAAGGUUUCCUCAGAAAUGUGAAAUUGUGAAUAAAAUAUUUUGGAGGUAUUCAAGGUUUUUCCUAGGUAAUAGUGCAAAAUUGAUUUUUGGAAAUGUAUCUCUUAAAAUGUUUUAUUUCAUUUUAAUUCAAUUGUUAAUUGUCAACUUUUUUUUAUACUUUGAUUAAAGUUAUCUGCUGUAUUUUUGUUUUCUUUUCUUGCGUGAUCUUGGACGCCUGUAUGGACGAGCUGACAUUUCACAAACACAAAAAUGUGGAGGUCAAUGUUUUCUUUUUUUUUCUUUUUUUUUUUUAGUCAAGAAUUGUGUCAGUGGAGUGGGGUGGACAUAAAAGUACAAAACACUCCAAAAGGUGGUGAAAAUGCCAGCUUGACAGAAAGACUUUCAUGAGUGUGUUGAAUCUGUCCAGCUUUAAAAAUCGCUGAGAAUAAAAAUGCGGGUGUGCUCUCCAAGUUAUGCGCUCGUUGGAUAUUUGAACGCUUGAAGCCAGACCGAGUUCACUUGGAAGAACUUUGGGGCAACGAGUUCAAGUGCUCUUUAUAUCAUUACAGGCUGUGAUGUCACCCAUGUGGAGAAUGCCACUAGAUGCAGAAAGAUUCAUACCAAUCCAUAUGUUCCUCUAAGUUGUUUGAAGUUUUGGAGGUGUUCAAUGCCAAACUCGUAAAGUUCGCUGAAUUUGUAGAGGUCUUAAAAUUUCCAUUUGAUGCAAUAAUUCCACCAGAAAUGUAGCUCAAGUACAAGACAUUUGUGUGUAAUCUUCUGUAGUUGUUUAUCUUCAAACGUUUAUUUGCAACUUUGAAAUGUUUUAUUUAACUUUUGCAAUAUGCUUUGAGUUAUUUGAGUGCUGUAAGCGCAGUUACAAUUAAAAUGAUAAAUCAUGAUACAGUGACAAACAAUAAUGCUGUUAAUUAUUUUACAAAUAAAACUUUUUGAUGAG